AUGAGCGCGACGCAUGCGGCACUAGACGACCUCGGCAAGUCUGUGCGUUUAGCACGACUGUACGCGACGGAGUCCAACUACGACGUUGCCGUGGCCUUUUACACUGGACUGGGGAAGGACCUCGAGACGUAUGCGGAGUGCACUGGCAGUUCCGAGGAGCGGGCCGGCUGGUCGCUGCUGCGGGAGAAGAUUGCGGAGGAGUGCUCACUGGUGCGCUCCUUGCAGGAGGAGCUGAAGGCGCUUGUGAACCCGGCCGAUGCGGUGCGGCUCGACCGCGCUCAAAGGGAGGAAGAUGGCACCCACACGUCGCAGCAGUUAUCGUCUCCGCGGUCACUUCCAACACGUGAUGCGGCCCCUGUGCGUGCGGCAACCACGCGCCCUGCUCCUCCCACCGCAAAGUGUGAGAAGGCGGUAUCUCUCACCUCCUUCUCUCCGCCGGUCCCGCGGUGUUUAGCAGAUGCUCCUGGGGCGAGGAAUGAGGCGCUGUAUGGCGACAAGGAUCGCUUUGGCCCGGUUGAGGGCCCCAUUGUUAGAAAGCAAAGGGCAGCUGGGGUGCAACGCGCACCUCUUCGCCACAGUCCGCCAAGGAACCGAGGCCAAUUUCACUCGGGAAGCAGCACCUCCAACGCAUCCCCUCCUCCGCUGAAUCGCCAGGCGGCCAAGGCCAAGGUGGUGACGCGACGCGUAGGGAGAGUGAACGAGGGUGGGGCUAAAGGGCAUGGUCUGCGGGCCUCUGUUCCACGCUUUCCGCCACGCACCGGAGAAGAGGAAUUGGUUUCCCUAAUUGAGUCUGACAUGCAUGUUGGACCCAUAAACGUGUCGUGGGACGAUAUAGCCGGCUUGGAGGAGGCGAAGGGGUUACUUGAAGAGGCCGUUGUGUAUCCUGUACUUAUGCCAGAUUACUUCCAGGGCAUUCGCCGUCCAUGGAAGGGGGUUCUCUUGUAUGGCCCACCUGGAACCGGAAAAACAAUGCUUGCCAAGGCCGUUGCGUCUGAGUGUAAUACCACGUUUUUUAACAUUUCCCCGGCCACACUAACGAGCAAGUGGCGUGGGGACAGCGAAAAGCUUAUUCGGGUUCUCUUCGAGAUGGCGCGGCACUACUCUCCAAGUACGAUUUUUAUUGACGAGAUAGACUCGCUGUGCGGCCAGCGUGGGGACAACAGUGAGCAUGAGGCCUCGCGUCGUGCGAAGGGAACGUUGCUGGCGCAAAUGGACGGCGUCGGCGUUGACCCUGGGAAGAUAGUCAUGGUACUAGGGGCCACCAAUCAUCCCUGGACCAUUGAUGAGGCGAUGCGUCGGCGCCUGGAGAAGCGCAUCUACAUUCCUCUUCCCAACUUUGACGAUCGCAUGGAGUUAUUUCGGAUCAACACCAAGUCCCUUAGUCUGUCCCCCGACGUUGACUUUGUGCACCUCUCCAAGCUGCUGCAGGGGCGCCACUACAGCUGCGCCGACAUCACCAAUUUGGUGCGGGACGCAGCCAUGAUGACAAUGCGGCGUCUGAUGGAGGAGAUGGACAAGUCCGAGCUUAAGCGACGGGCGGCGGAGAUAAGCAAACUCGUGUCGGAGAAGCCCAUUACGAUGCAGGAUUUCCUGGGGGCGGUGAAGAACGUCCCCAGCAGCAUCAACGUUGAGCAAAUCAAGAAGUUUGAGUCGUGGAAGAAGGAGUUUGAGACAAAUCCGUAG